CUCAAGCACCUAAGCAUUGAUAAAAGACAGAACCAAAAAAAAAAAAAAACACCGCCACGAAACAAAAGGAGGCGCAGUAAAGGCAUUGUUACGGUUGUUUUUUGUUUGGGCUUACGCAGUUCUUGUUCGAAUUCUUAACGGGAUAGCCCCGAAACAUAGAACCGCGUUAUCAGCCCACCCGUCCACGUCAUCUGGCCAAGUCCUCAUCUCUUGAUUUAAAGAUUUCAUUCUCUUUUCGCCAGGAGGAUUUGCAACGUUUCGUCUUUUUACCCCUAUGAUGCUUCUGCGACACGUGAAUUAAAUCGAAAAAAAUUACUGAAAUUACAACGUUCGUUUUUCAGCCUACACUCGUUAGAAUCCUUACCUACCUGUUUAGGUGCCUAAGAAAUAUGGCCCCGGUACAAUUUGAGAGGCCCGGACUUUCUCUUACCGAACAUCUGGUCCGGAGUGCGAGAGUCGCCGUAGUAGCAGCCGGUCCGGAGGUCGCUAGACUUGCUAGACGAGAUGCCGUAUCCCGUCGCGAUUUAACUGUCACAAGUGACGCUCAGAAAGUUACUCUAGGAAUCAUCGCUGCCUACGUAGUUAUUAUUGCCAUUCUAUGGAACGUACCUUACGUACGAUGGUCACUAUGGCCUUUCAAGAUGCUUGUCAUUGCUUUCCACGAAUUUGGACAUGCCAUCACAGCAGUAUGUACAGGUGGUCGCGUCAAAUCCAUCUCACUUGAUCCUCGCGAAGGUGGUGUCACACACAUGGUUGGCGGGAAAAGUGCUAUUACUCUACCAGCCGGUUAUUUGGGAUCAUCUCUGAUCGGCGCCCUACUCAUAUUCUGCGGCUUCGACAUCGUCGCAAGCAAGAUUGCUAGUCUCGUAUUGGCAGUGUGUUUCUUGCUGACGAUGUGGUGGGGUAAGAGAGAUUGGCUUACGAUUCUGACGAUCGUACUCGCUAUCGGGCUUUUGGUGGCCUGCUGGUUCAUAGUCCACGCCGAACCCCUACGAUUCGUUGUGCUUUUCAUCGGCGUGAUGAGUUCGUUGUAUAGCGUUUGGGAUAUUUGCGACGAUUUAAUCCUUCGCAAAGUCAAUAGUUCCGAUGCCAGUGUGUUUGCUCAACGUUAUGGUGGUUCUUCCCAAUGCUGGGGUGUAAUCUGGUCUAUCAUUUCCAUCUGCUUCAUGGCUGCUGCUAUCGUCGCUGGUAUCGCCGCAUUCCCACAGUCAUUCGCGCAACAGGAAGAAGAUUCGAAGCACUUCCUCCCAACUCGUUAAGCAAGUAAUUUACUGAGAUGUUGAAGAAGAGAGGCCUUUCCUACUACCUAAGUACCUGGUUAUCGUUGGGGAGUUUACAGGUUGAUAAUCCUUUCGGAUACGUGGGGUGUGUUAAUGAGGUUGGCUUUUCAGUAUGACCAUGAUACCCUUUUUAUUAGCAAUGACAAGAAUUCAUAUUAUUCA